UGUGGGCGAGGCUUCCCCCCACUCUUACGGGGAAUAAAAAUCGCACCCUCGGAGUGCUCACGGGAAAGCUGCGCCGCCUCGGGUGCCUUGAGCGGGAUGCGAAUGGGGCAGGGCGAGCGCACGUGGAGCUUGUUUACAAAUAGCGGCCCGGGCGUCCGCGCCUUGCAGCGGACUCCCGGGAGUGCCCAGCCUGCCCGCCAGGACAGGACGAGCCGGAGCAAGAAUCCCGAGUCAAGCAAAGUAAAACAGCGGUGCGGCUGAAAGAAGACAUGAAAAGGAUGGUGGCGGUGCCACUACACGCGCAGAGCAGUCCCACCUACACCAAGCUGUUCGGAGUCAGUCUCCAGGACCUCCACCGGCAGGGGCUGACCAAGAACGGUGUUCCAGCGAUCGUGGGGAGCAUAGUGGAGUACCUGACCGCCCACGGACUCACCCAGGAAGGCCUUUUCCGGGUGAAUGGCAACGUCAAGGUGGUGGAACAGCUUCGAUGGAAGUUUGAGAGCGGGGUGCCCGUGGAGCUAGGGCGAGAUGGGGACGUGUGUGCGGCGGCCAGCCUGUUGAAGCUCUUCCUGAGGGAGCUGCCCGAGAGUGUGAUCACCUCCACGCUGCAGCCUCGCUUCCUUCAGCUCUUUCAGGAUGAGAGAAAUGAUGCUGAAGAGAGUAAUUUAAGAGCCUUAAUAGAAGAGCUGCCAGAUACCCACUACUGCCUUCUCAAGUACCUCUGCCAGUUCUUGAGUAAAGUAGCCAAGCACCAUGUGCAGAACCGCAUGAAUGUUCACAAUCUUGCCACUGUAUUUGGGCCAAAUUGCUUUCAUGUGCCACCUGGGCUUGAAGGUGUGAAAGAACAAGAUCUCUGCAACAAGAUAAUGGCUAAAAUACUAGAAAAUUAUAAUACCCUGUUUGAAGUAGAGUAUAUGGAAAAUGAUAACCAGAGGUGUGAAAACCUGGCAAGGCUUAUCGUAGUAAAAGAGGCCAAUUGUAAGAACAUCCUUCUAACAAAAGAUUUCGAAAGAGACGCACAAAAGCCAUCUCCAAAAACCAAGAUCCGCAAAUCCAGUAGUGAGGGAUCUAUUUGGACCCACGGGGUACCACACCCAGAGCUGUCUGAGGGCGUUCCUCAGGUCAGCCUCCAGCUGAGUCGGAGAAAAUCCUGCUGGGAUGACAUGAGUUCGGCGGAGGAUGCUAAUGCUGCCAAGUUGCUGUCCAGUUCGCAGGAAGAUGAAAGACCUAUGUCACCUUUCUAUUUGAGCAGUGCCCACGUAUCCCAAGUCAGCAGUGUGUCAACAACUGGAGAGCUCUUAGAAAGAACCAUCCGGUCAGCUGUAGAACAACAUCUUUUUGAUGUUAAUAGCUCUGGAGGCCAAAGUUCAGAGGACUCAGAAUCUGGGGCAUCAUCAUCUUCCUCCACAUCCACCAAACAGCGACGACGCCAGGCUAAGGAGCAGGAUGAAAUUCGACACAGCAGAGAUGUGGGACUUCUCAACAAAGAAAAUAUUCCUUCUGGCUUCAGCAGUCUUGAUGAAUGUAUGUUGAAUGCUUGUGAAGUGGAAAAAUUAUAUGAAAAUACUUCUGGUUAUAUUGGAGAAAGGGGUAAACCUAAACGUCAGAAAUCCAGUUCCAAACUUUCUGAGCUCAAUGAAAAUCAAGAUGGUCUUGUGAACAUGGAAAACCUCAGUCCCACACCAUCUCAUGAGAGGACUGGAUCUGAUCAUGUUGAACUGAUGUCGGAUGGAAGCAAGGAAAAUGAAAAGGAUGGCAGACAGACCCAGCAUUUUGAGAACCCCACAAUGAAGAUCCAGGAGCAUCCCAGCCUGCCUGACAGCAAGCUGCAGAGGACUCCGGAUGCUGAUGACCAGCAGGAGAGCUUUGUGUCCGAAGUGCCUGAGCUGGACCUGACUGCACUGUGUGACCAGAAGAGCUGGGAAGAGCCUAUCCCUGCCUUCUCCUCGUGGCAACAGGAGAGUGUGGACGCUGACGAAGCGCGCCUCUCCCCGCAGGCCGGGCGCCUGAUUCGGCAGCUCCUGGAGGAGGACAGCGACCCCAUGCUGUCCCCCCGCUUCUACGCUUACGGGCAGAGCCGGCAGUACCUGGACGACACGGAAGUGCCUCCUUCUCCCCCCAAUUCCCACCCUUUCAUGAGGCGCCGCAGCUCCUCUCUGGGCUCCUAUGAAGAUGAGCAAGAGGACCUGACUCCUGCCCAGCUCACUCGAAGGAUUCAGAGCCUUAAGAAGAAGAUCCGGAAAUUUGAAGACAGAUUUGAAGAAGAGCGGAAGUACAGACCUUCCCACAGCGACAAAGCAGCCAACCCAGAGGUUCUGAAAUGGACAAACGACCUUGCCAAAUUCCGGAAACAACUUAAAGAGUCCAAACUGAAGAUAUCAGAGGAGGACCUACCCCCCAGGAUGCGGCAGCGAAGCAACACACUCCCCAAGAGUUUCGGCUCCCAACUUGAAAAAGAAGAUGAGAAAAAGCAAGAGCUGGUGGAUAAAGCCAUAAAGCCUAGCGUAGAGGCCACGCUGGAAUCCAUCCAGAGGAAGCUCCAGGAGAAGCGGGCAGAGACCAGCCGUCCGGAAGACAUUAAGGAUAUGACCAAAGACCAGAUUGCUAAUGAGAAAGUGGCCCUGCAGAAGGCCCUGUUAUAUUAUGAAAGCAUUCACGGACGGCCGGUGAGCAAGAAUGAACGUCAGGUUAUGAAGCCGCUGUACGACAGGUACCGCCUGGUCAAACAGAUCCUAUCCCGAGCCAGCACCAUCCCCAUUAUCGGUUCCCCCUCCAGCAAGCGGAGAAGCCCUUUGCUGCAGCCAAUUAUCGAGGGCGAAACUGCUUCCUUCUUCAAGGAGAUAAAGGAAGAAGAGGAGGGUUCUGAAGAUGAUAACUACACGAAGCCAGACUUCAUGGUCACCCUGAAAACCGAUUUCAGCGCACGUUGCUUUCUGGACCAAUUUGAAGAUGACGCUGAUGGUUUCAUUUCCCCAAUGGAUGAUAAAAUACCAUCAAAAUGCAGCCAGGACACCGGACUUUCAAAUCUCCAUGCUGCUUCAAUACCGGAACUCUUGGAACACCUUCAGGAAAUGAGAGAAGAAAAGAAAAGGAUUCGAAAGAAACUUCGUGAUUUUGAAGACAAUUUUUUCAGGCAAAAUGGAAGAAAUGUCCAGAAGGAAGACCGCACUCCAAUGGCCGAAGAAUACACCGAGUAUAAGCACAUUAAGGCAAAACUGAGGCUCUUGGAGGUGCUCAUCAGCAAGAGAGACACUGAUUCCAAGUCCAUGUGAGGAGUCAGCCCCAUCCGAGCAAGGGGGUGGGGGGAACGCAAGGGGAAUGUCCCCCCUCCCCCCGCCUCUCCUGGUAAAUAGCAGCUGGGCAGAAACUGGAAGGCAGCCUUGGAGCUGGACCUGCGCCCUCCUGCCUGCAGGCCCUGGGGGUCAGCCCGUUUCCAUUGCCUGCUUGGAAACCAUCUAGGUGGAAGGAAGCCACCUACCCCCACGCCAAAAUUUUGCAAGGGAAAAUCAAGAUCUCUGCACACCCGUGUGCACACAGACACACACAUACACUGCAGUGGAAGCUUGCUGACACUGGCAGCGAUGAAUCACUACAUGAAGACGCACUCAUCUACAGAGGAUGUACACUGUUCUUCCUUGGAUAACUGGGAAACAGCAUUCUCUGUCUAACUGUGACGGUAACAAGCUCAGGGCUUCCUCUGGAGCAAGCGUGCCGUGCACACUUGUGUUCUCUGUGGGCCCCGUCCAGUGGGAGCCUGCGUCAGAGCCCUGUUUGCUGCCUCGGCCAUUCUUGUGACCUUUCCACGGAGCCACGCCUCUCCCCACUUGUGUGAAUUGCUUCUCCUUCAGCUCUCGGGUAGAUGGAAGCUGCACCCGCCUGGGAUAGCAGCGCAGUCCUCUCUCUGAUGUUGUAUUUCUUCGAGACAUCCUCAGAUGAUCGAGAACUGCUCCCUGACCGGGGCUGGACCAUCAGCAGAGGACAGAUGGGAUAGAGAAGUAGCUAAUAUCCGUGCUGAUUUUUCAGUUAGGCAGCAGUGAAGAGAAUUCUUUCCUGAACGUUGACUACACUUAUCAGCUUCAGAAUUUAUCAUCAAACACUUAAGCAGGAGGAAGGCCAACAGUCUGUUUGGUUUGGUUUUGGCUCUAGCUAGACAAAAGGGUCUUGCUUGAUUCCUAGCUUAAGUGUAGGGGAUCAUGAGAGAGAAAGAGCCUGUAUUUUAAACCUUCUGUGUACUUAUCAGAGUUUAAAUUUUUUUUUUUAAGUAAACCUGCACUAAAAAUCUUUUCUAACUGAAGGAUAAGUGUAGCCCUCAGAGCACAGCCCAAGGCAGAACCUAAAUCACACGUUUUCAAGAUCCUGUAUAAAGAGAAAAUAAUGGUGUGUGGCCAGUUACAAUGAUAGUUUCUUCAAAGACGGUGUCGCAGAGCUAUCUGUAUUAGACAUUUUGGAGGGACCAGGGAAUUUAAGACACCAAAUCAUCCAUCACCUCAGUGUGCUGAUGUUAUCUGGUGAUUGGUUAGUACUUUUUGACCUUCUGUGUCUGCACUAAGGAAAAUGAGUUCUGCCUGUAUAUCCUAGCCCACCUCUGUGCUCUGGGAGGUUGAGCUCCAGUAUCUGCCCACCAGCCACUGGUUGCCAAGAGAAGGUGUUUGAGCAGGCUCUGCCUUUUGAAGAUUAUGGUGCAGGGUGAACAAGACAGCAGAGGGUACCAUUUUGUUUUCUUUAAUAAUAAUAACAAUGGAGAAAAGUCUUCCUGAUCAGUUGUCACUUUCCAAGGUGGGUUCUUGAGAAACUGGUCAGAUUAGGUUUGUAGCAGCAUUUUCCAUUUGAGGUAGUGGCUCUCUGUUGGUUAAAAAUUGUUCAAGUUAGGAGUAGGGGGAAAAUAGCUUUAAGUUUGCUCUUUAAUCAUCUAGAAGCACGAGCUGUAUGUUGAAAGCACCCUGGUUUGAUCCACACACUUAAAGACGGUACAUAAUCCUACAAUAUAGUUAGUUUGGUAUUCUCUGCUCUACUGUUUACAUUGCAGAUUGCUAUAAUUUCAAGGAGUUAUAUUAUAAAUGAAAUGAUGCACUUUAGGAUGUUUUCUAUUUUUGAAAUCUGAACAUGAAUCAUUCACAUGACCAAAAGUUGUAUUUUUUAAAAGAAGUACAUGUCUAGUUUGUCCUUUUUAAGUAAUUACUCUCUCAAAUAAGCUAUAAUAUAAAUCACAUCAUUACCAGUUAACUUUCAAAGCACAUAUGUCUGAGUAUUGUUUUGAAAAUACUAAUAUGCUACAAAACUUUCAAAGAGCAAAGGCUAUAUAAAUGAGAAGUUACUAAAUGUUUUGCAAUCUGUUGUUUCUGCCAAAGGUAAAUUAAGUAAAAGAUUUAUUCAGGAAUCCCCUUUGAAAUUUGUAUGAUUGAAUAAAAGUAGACACCAAGUUAAAGUAAAAUAAAUUGUGUAUGCAAUGUCGUCUUUUCCUUUGUAGUUUAUAAUACACUUCCUAGAAUGGUGCCCAAAUUACGGGAGGGGAGUCCUGUUUUUACUAGACUCUAUCUGGACACGUUAGUCAGUAGGUUCUGGCUCUGCCAGAAAUGCUGGGGCAAAUUUGUUUCCACAGCAACCGUUUCUGCAGCCUGGAGUCUCAAGGCCCUAGAGGCAGUGUCUUAAUUGGCUUCAUACAGAGUAUACUGGACUGCAGUUUUCCCUUUGCUUUCUUGGGAAUGUAUAUGUGUAUUUAUUAACACAUGCCAACAAAAUAAAUGUCAAGGGUUAUUUAAUAACAAUGAUAAGUAAAAAUAAAGCGUGAAUAAACUUGAUAGUACGAUUGUAAGAAUUAGAGAUAGCAGAGACUUACAAUUUUCCAAGCAGUUGCUUUUAUUGUGUUUUAGUCUGGCGUAAACCUUGAGACAGAUGUUUACGUGGGCUAUGGUAUCAUUACUGCAUUUCAUCUUUGAAGCAUUGAGGUUGAUCUUACUUUUUAGACAGGUAUGUGCAAGGUUUAGGAUAAUGGCCUGCUGUGAAGUGUUUCACAACCGGCAGAGUUUGUCUCGUGCCAGUACAAGAAAGUCUGCACCAUCUCACUAAUCUCUGAUUCAAGUCACAUUUCCCUGAAAGACCAAAUCACAUUUCAAACUGGAGAAUUUUUUUAACUUGUUAGCUGUAAUUCAUUAUGAGCUAGUAAUUAGAUUUCUUUGCUUUGGUUGCCUGUUUGCAGUCCAGUAAUUAUUAUUCCGUGACAAGGCAGGGAUGAGCAGUGCCUCUGUUUGUAACAUCAGUGUGAUCUGUGUUUUGUCUCAUCCUGACGCAACGCUUGCGUGUGGCAGAAGAGCCUGAGGCAGGGUGUGCCUGCUCCCAGGCGUGGCAUUUCUAGCCCAGGACAAACGCUUCAGGGCUGUGCUUCUGCCAUAAACAAGGGCUGUGGCCAGCCACCUUGGAGCCCCCUGAGGGCUGGGCAUCUAUUAACGUGGUUGAGCUUAGAAUUCCUCUUAAGGUGACGAUUAAGGUCUAUCAUCAGAAUCGAAGGGCAGCUGUAGUGCCAAUUAAGUUUGUUCUUUCAGGAGCUGCCUAGCUCUCAGUAGACAUAAUUGGACCCUCUUUCCUGAACUGAUCAUAGGUUUACAAGGAAGAUCAAAAUUUAAAGUUUGUUGAUUAAUUUUUUAAGAGCUCUUAACCUGAUUAUGAAGAUACCAUCUCUCCUAAGGGUAUAUUUUUUAAGCAUUUACACUUUAUUACCUUUGGUGGUAUAUUUAUAGCUGAAUGCCAUAAACGCUUAACUGCUUUGUGAAAAUCUGAUUGUAGUCUAAAUUGGCUUUGAUCUCAAGACAAGUAUUCUUGACAUAUUGCUUCCCGAGAAUUUUUCUUUUGAGGAGAAGAGAGGUGGUUUCUGCACCAAGACUAACACCUCUGUGAUAUUCUUUCAUAAUAUCCAUUUGGUUAAACCAAUAGGGUGAGACAAAAGAAACCCAUGGGUUUAGCAGAAGCCAGAAUGUGCUUUCUUUUCCUUUGAUUAAUUCCUUUCCUUUAUAUUUUUUUCCCCACAUGAUCCUCAAAAUCUACUGAAGAGUACCUUUUGUCAAAACAUAGGCUAAACAUAUUUUCAAAUCUGUAGGUACUGAACUUGCGCAUCCUGGCACUUCUUCACAGGGUGGCUGGGUCGGCAAGCCCCAAAGAUGGGUGUUCUACAUGUCAGCCACUGCGCUGGGGCAUUAGCGACUUUCCUGAGUAGAGGUCGCUGCCCUUGGAGGCAUAUAUGCUCCUCCCCCAUGAUCCUUCAUAACAGAAGUAUGUGGAUACACUGGGGUCAAUUAACAGGUCCACACGGAUAUGUAUCAAAAUGAAAUGUGUAUAUCUACCACUUCAUAUUGCUAUGGAACUGCACUUACGUCUCUAGAGGAUCUCAUUUUGCCUGGAAUCCAGCCAAUCUGAUCACAUGCGCAGCUCAAGAAAUCUGUUUGGCAGAUCUGACUCUCAAUCUGAAAGCAUCUAUAUGAUCAUGAAAAUCUCCAAGAGUGGAUACAAUUUUAGUAAAUAACAUGGGCCCAGAACAAUGUUUACAUGACAUGUAAGCAGAAAGUCUUUGAAACUACCGUUGUUCCUUUUUUAAAAUGUAAACUGAGUGAAAUGUUAUGUACAUUUUUGAAGUACAUGACUGUAUUUUGUAUAAACGUAAAUAAAAUAUUUUUAAUUGUGA